UACCCUUCGAAAGUGUAAAAGUUUCCUUGCCAUUAUACAGUUUAUGUUAUAAUCAGGAUAAAAUUGAAGGCCAUUUCUGUCAUUUUAUUGGUAUUUCACUUUUCGAGUUUAGCUUCUUCAGGUUCUUACAAGCUGAAGCUUAGCUUAUUGUCAGAGCCUCCAAAACCUAAUGGAGAGAUUCACAAAUGCCUUUUUCGCUUCAAAUUGCUGGACAAUCUACGGUUAGAGUUCGAACCCAUUACUGGGGUUGAUUCAAUUUGGGUUUUUUAUUCUAAAGCAAACUUUUUUCUGGCAUGAACUUUGUUGUGAUGCCUCUUGCACAUGGACAAAGCCACAAUAACCAAGCCUUGCCGUCUUGGUAACCAGAACAAGAAGGAUGUUAUUAUAUGCUUGAAAAACGGAGAAGGAAGACCUGAAUGGUUCUGCUCCAACUCUUCAAUUCUCACAGUUAAGAGUAAGUACUUUGCUCAGAGGCUCUCUGAUCAAGACAUUAGUAAUCUCAUCGAGAUUCAGUGCUCAGAGUUCAAUUAUGAUCAUCAUGUCGACCUUUUGAAGCUGCUGUAUCUCCCUGCAGACUUGAUUUUGGAAUCCUUUAACUCUGUUAAAUCUGCUCUGGGUAUUCUUGAGGUUGCAGUUGCCUUCCAAUGUGAAGAGAUCAUACAGUGCUGUAUCCAGUUCCUGGAGGCCAUUCCUUGGGAGGAGAAGGAGGAGGAACAAAUUUUAAAAGCUGUCUCAAAACUGGGUUCAAUAGCCAUGCCCAUAUUAGCUAGGAUUCAACCAGUGGAUUUAACUGCCACGAAGAAUGUUUUUGUCUCGGCAGUUAGAGUUGCCACAUCCAUUGGUGAACCUUGCCCUCCAUUUGGCGAUGAGCUGAAAAGUUCUGCUCAAGAGCAAGUUGAAUACAUGCUUGGGGAAGAUGAGGACACACCAUUAAUCACAGUGGAUGAUGAAGUAAGAUCGGUAGUAAGAAUGGGUCUUUCGAAGAUCUGUUCAUCAUUUGAAAAGGAACUGUCUUCCCUUACAGAGCCUAACUUUGCAUCAGAGACUGCAGAGUCUCAAUUGUUGCGUAGUUUGUCUGAUCUGGAAUGGAUGUGUAACAUACUUCCUAAGAUGGACUUGAUGAAAGAUUUUGUUUCUAACUGGCUGGACAUGUCCAAUAAAGUUUUAGGAGUCAUCGAGGAUCAAAAACUCGAUUCUCAUGUGUGGGGCUUGAAAAUUAAGCUCAUAGAAGUGACUAGUAAGGUCUUGGAUGCAGUAGGCUAUGGUAGUGUGAUUCUUCCUGCACCAGGCCGUGUAACAUUACUAAAGACAUGGCUCCCUUACAUUAGGAAAAUGAAACCCCUUUUAGAUUCGAAGGGCAGUGAGGAGACCGGUUUUCCUUACAAGAUGGAUGAAGAGCUGUGCCAGAGCAUAGAAGGAGCAAUCGUUUCGUUGGUAUUGGCAUUGCCAUCCAAUGAUCAAGCAGACAUUCUUGCAGACUGGAUGAAAGCACAGCAGGUUCGAUAUCCGGACUUGAGUGAAGCUUUCGAAAUCUGGUGUUACAGAACAAAGUCUGCAAAGAGGAGAUUAAUGGAGAGCUUGAGCAGCAAAGUUGAAGAAAGCUCUAUUAGCCUUCAAAAUUUAGCUCCUUGAUGCUUUUGUUGUAAAAUCAAUUUUACCAAACAAUGAUGAACUAUUAUUUUAUCCAUUAAUAUUCUGAUAUAAUCCAAGCUCUAUUUGAUUCUCUUA